AAUUGAACUCAUACUUUUUGAAAGGUUGUUUACUUGAAGACUGAGUCAUGGACCCCAGCACCAGUGCCCAGGACAUGAUGCGAUGUGACCUGUGUGAGACCGCUGUGGUACAGAUGCACUGUGAUACAUGUCUUGUCAACCUGUGUAAGGCCUGUGUGGGAGAACACUUUUCUGCUGAUUUCUCAAAUCAUCAUAAAAUUGUUGAUUUUAAGGACAGAAAAAAGUCUACUCUUAUUUGUCCCAGAUGCACCUCUCAUGGUGAAGAAACGUGUGAGAUGUACUGUACUCAGUGUGGCAUCCCUGUCUGUAGUAUUUGUCUUGCAUCAGAUCAACAUCUCGGACAUAAAUUAGUAAGGAUGCAGGAAAUCCGAGACGAGAAAAGGGAUAAACUCAUCAAAAAACAAACUGAACUCAAAGAGACAAUUUAUCCAACCUACCAGGACAUCGUCUAUGAUGUACAAAGCAAAAUGAGUCAGUUAGAAAAGGAAUAUGGAGAUCUCUCAACAGCCAUAACAAAACAUGGAGAGGACUGGCACAGAGAAAUUGACAAACUUGUCAAGAAACUUAAAGCUGAAGUUGAUGAGAUGAAAAACACACAGUUACAAACUCUACAAAAACAUCUGGCUGAAAUAAAAACAAAAAUCUGUGAUAUCAAGGAUGAAAUCAAAUCAAUUGAUAGUGUUCUAGAUUCUACACACAUUUCAAGCCUAUUCAGUGUGCCUUCCACACUACAUGAGUACAGAAAGCUUCCGAGAAAAAUUAUAGUUUCCUUUCCUAAAUUUACCCUGAAGAAAUUACAGGCAGACCAACUGUUUAGUCUGAAAACAAUUCCGUUAAAAUCAGAUGAACAUGGCUACAGCAUGAAGACAACACAGAAAUCACUAAAAGCUGGAUCCUCUCCUCUAGUCAAACAGCUGCUUGAUGAACCAGAGACUGUCAACACCAUAGACACUAGGUAUAGCAAAGCUGGAUCCUCUCCUCCAGUCAAACAGCUGCUUGAUGAACCAGAGACUGUCACCACCAUAGACACUGGGUAUAAAGAUUACCUUUACAGUGUGGCCUGUCUGAGUGAUGAAGAAAUCUGGACAAGAGGAGAUGACAACAUCAUGAAACUCUACAGCAUCAAUCAGGGAUCACUACUCAAGUCAAUCACAACCAAGUCAGGGAACAUACCAAUAGACAUAGCAGUGACAGAAAGUGGAGAUCUAGUUUAUACUGAUUGUGAUGAUAGAACUGUGAACACUGUGAAGAAUGAGAAGACAGAGGAGGUGAUUAGACUACAGAACUGGAAACCUCUCAGUGUCUGUUGUACCUCCUCUGGUGACCUCCUGGUUAUCAUGUACAGUGAUAAUUACAAACAAACAAAAGUUGUCCGUUACUCUGGCUCCACAGAGAAACAAACCAUUCAGUUUGAUGAUAAAGGUAAACCUCUCUAUUCAUCUGGUCGUUAUAACAGAUACAUAACUGAGAACAGGAACCUGGAUAUCUGUGUGUCUGACUAUGGAGCUAGCGCAGUAGUGGUGGUCAAUCAGGCCGGGAAACUGAGAUUCAGGUACACUGGACAUACUCCUGCUCCUAAGAACGAACCAUUCAGUCCACGAGGAAUCACCACAGACAGUCAGAGUCACAUCCUUACAGCUGAUAUUAACAAUGACUAUGUCCACAUCAUAGACCAGGAUGGACAGUUCCUCCGUUACAUAGACUGUGGACUGAGUUAUCCCUGGGGACUGUGUACAGAUACAAAUGACAAUCUGUUUGUUGCUCAAUGUGGAAACAGACAAGUGAAAAAAAUUAAAUACCUGCAGUGAUGAUACUGUAUUGUAUAGCAUGGUAUAGUCUAGUGAAAUAAGGAUAAUUCAUAUGAUUCUACAUUCACAGGAGAUUAGUUAUACAUGUAGGUAGUCAUAUUCCUUGUCUUGUCAAAGCUGAAUAUAUCAAAUGAUGAAUUUAUUAACGUGUGUUUGAUAUUAAUGUAACAUAUUUUUUCCAAAGACUAUGUCCUAAUGUAACCUACUCUGAUACAGCAUCAGGAAAGUUUGCUGAUAUGUAGCUAUAGAUAAAUAUGUCCAGGAAUACUACAGCUUUAUGUAGUAUGAUAAAUAUAAAUAUGUCCAGGAAUACUACAGGUUUAUGUGUGCUAAAUCAUUUGAGAUACAUUGUAACUUUUUCUACUAACCUCUCCCAAAGAUUGCAUACUUCACCCACAAAACAUCCCUAUUAUCACAAUGUUCCAAAUUAUGAUAAUCUUCAACACUUUUCAAUUAAACAAAAUAAAAUCAUCAACAUUGUUUUUUACUUUUAUAAUAUAUGUAAUUCAUCAAAUGAUAAAGAUCAGAGCAGCCCUGGGUUAUUAUCUAUUUGUAGA